GAUCGUGGAAGCUGUUUGGAAUCACUGCACAUUGGGAUGUGUUGAUGGGCUGGAUACUUUGCUAGGUAGGUGCUGAAAGCACUGGACAGCAACCCUGGAACCUUUCUUCUUCCUUGGCUGCCGCCUGUGCAAGUGCUGAAUCUGAGCAAGGGCUCUUAGAAAGUGCAGCCGUGCAUUAGGAGCUGUCCAGCAGCACUUGUGUUCCUUGUCUGUAUUGGCUCUGCUAGCUACUCUGUGGUCAUACUUGCAACAUGGGAUGUUGUACGGGGCGCUGCACUUUGAUCUUCAUCUGCACUUUACAGAUGUUGGUAGCACUGGAGAGACAGAUAUUUGACUUUCUUGGAUACCAGUGGGCACCAAUUCUUGGGAAUUUCCUUCACAUCAUUGUCGUCAUAUUAGGAUUAUUUGGAACUAUACAAUACAGGCCGAGAUACAUAGUGGCGUACACAAUUUGGACAGCUUUCUGGGUUGCCUGGAACGUCUUUAUCAUUUGCUUCUACUUGGAAGUCGGUGGACUCUCUAAGGACACUGAUCUCAUGACCUUCAAUAUCUCUAUCCAUCGUUCAUGGUGGCGGGAGCAUGGACCAGGUUGUGUGUGGAGACUUGUGCCCGCUCCACCAAGCAAGAAUCUCGGAGAUCACUCGUUUAUUUCUGUGACGGGAUGCAUCAUAGAAUUUCAGUACAUAGAGGUCAUCCACAGUGCUGUCCAAAUACUUCUGUCUCUAAUCGGAUUUGUGUAUGCGUGCUACGUGAUCAGUGUUAUCACAGAUGAAGAAGACAGCUGUCGGCAUAAAUAAUGUGGAUUGCAAAGAGACCAAAGGCCAUGAUGUUCCUACUAUUACAACCACUGAUGAGAACUUCUCAUGGAAAGAGGUUUCCAGCUUUUCAUUGUGCGUUGGAUGACUGUGCUGAGAUUCUGCAACAUUUUCUACAGCAGAACGGAAUUUUAAAAUGUUGUCAAUAAGUGCAUUUUGUUUUUUUAUUAUAAUUUGAGUUAAAUGGACAUUUUAAAAAUGUACAUUUUGUUUUUUUUUUAUUGUUCUUUUUUAUAACCAGUGUAGCAUGAAACAAGGGGACCUGUGGAAAUAUUGUCUACUAAAUAUGGAAGCUGGGUUUACAGAUAAAUGUGAAACGCGAGUUUGUGAAUACACAAAAUAAAUGUUGAUUCUGAUGUGAA